AUGUCACCGGAUAUCUCCGACGCACUGAGUGAUGCUUUUGACGGCUUCAGCAUCGGUGAUGAGACCGUUGAAGAAUGCUUGAUCAUUGCUCUUGACUUUGGGACGACUUAUAGUGGCAUUGCCUACGCUUUCGCGAGCGACCCUGAAAAUGUGCGAGUUAUCCAAUCAUGGCCGGGAGAAGACAGAAUAGUGUCCAAAGCUCCCACCACCAUACGAUACGAACCUGGCUACAUCAAGGGUCUCAAAUGGGGCUACGACCUUGACUGCUCAUCCGGAGAGAAGAUCGAACGCAUUAAGCUGCUCUUUGACCCUGAACAACCGAAGCCAUACUGCCCUUGCACAAAUUUUGAGGCGGAAAAUGCGAAGCUUCCAAAACACGUUGUCAAUGUUGCCAGUGACUACAUGCGCGCCAUCUUCCAGCACGCUAUCAAGGCAAUCGGAGACGGAUACAUGGACCGAGAAUCUUUGAGCCAGAUGAAAAGGCAAUGCGUUUUGACGGUGCCUGCUCUAUGGUCCGACAAAGCCAAAAAUAUGACAUUACAAGCAGCGCAAACUGCCGGUAUCGCGCCCGUUGAAAUGAUCACUGAACCAGAAGCAGCAGCCUUGUUCACUUUGCAUUCGAUGAGGAGUAAGGGUCUAAAGGCCAAAGAUGCAAUUGUCGUAUGCGAUGCGGGGGGCGGUACUGCAGACUUGAUCUCGUAUGAGAUAGUCAGUUUGGCGCCCUUCGAAGUCAAGGCUUUAACGAGGCCAUCUGGUGGACUUGCUGGAAGUUCCAUGAUCAAUGAGCAGUUCGAAGCAGAAAUAAGAAAGGUGGUUAGAGAUUCCCAAUACUUCAAGCUCAAGGAUACUGGUGCAUAUCGCCUGGCACUCAAAGACUUCGAUAGUGUCAUCAAGCCUGGGUUUAGGGGCAAGAAUGAUCCAGUCAAAUACGUCAGCUUUCCAAUGGCUGACCUGAAAGACAACCCUUCCGAAGGGUUGAUCAAAAAUGCGAUGACUCUAUCAGGAGAGACACUGUUCAAAAUCUUCGAGCCCGUCGUUGGUGAGAUUGAUCGAUUGGUCAAGGAGCAGGUCAACAAUGCCAAUACUAAACUUCUGCAAGACAGCCCGCGAAAGAAGGAGGGAGUGAAUGCUAUAUUUCUUGUUGGUGGUAUGGGGUCUAGUCGAUACCUGAAGGAAGUGAUUCAGCACUCAAAUCCAGGAAUUCGGGUGAUUCAACCUGAAGACGCGUGGGCGGCGAUUGUCAGAGGCGCUGUCAUGAGCAAAUUGCCCACAGCAGCAACCGUGACUGCGAGUGUGGCCACAAAGCACUAUGGAGUAUCUGUUCUUCGACGCUGGAACCGCACCAGAGAUGCGGGUUGGCCCAAACUCAAGGAUGAGUGGACAGAUCGGAAAUUGUGCACAUGCAUGGACUGGUUCAUCUAUAUGGAUGACCAACUCGAGCGUGGCAAGAAGAUCAAGCAUAAAUUUUAUCGUACUUUCUCAGGGCACAAACCGACCUGCAAUGUUUUGCAGAUUACGGAUUGUCUAUACGAAUGCACAUCCACAUUCGCUCCAGACCACCCUCAGGACGACGUUGAAAUCAACUGCAGAUUGUUCACGGACCUCAGCCAAGUUCCCAAAAAAUUCUUCAAGAAGAAGACUCGAGAAUCUGACGGCGCACCAUAUUGUGCCUUGUCGUAUAGCUUGCAAAUUGAGAACAAUCAGUCCGGGUUGAUGAAGUACUCAUUGGAAAUUGGUGGCAAAGAGUAUUCCGCCGUGGAAGCAGAAUAUUGA